AUGGCUCGGACGAUGUUGAAGAUCGGCGGCGGCGCCGUGCUGGUGGCGGCCAUAGUGGCGGUGUUCGUGGUGGCCACCCAGGGGCGGGACCCGGACUUGGAGGCGCUGGAGCACGAGGGCCACGAGUACAUCAUGCAGCUGGACCGGAACGCCGGCCUGAGGAAGAACAGGGCCAGCGUCGCCGAGUGGGCUUACACCUCCAACAUCACCAAGGCGAACGAGGAAGCCAGGAUCCAAGUGCAGUUGGAGCUUUCGAAGCUGGAGAAACAGGCGUGGGAGGAGACUAGGAUGUACAAGUGGCAGGACUUCCAAGAUUUCACGUUACGAAGGAUGUUCAAGAAAUACAGUCAGCUGGGCGUUUCAGCGUUACCCGACGACAAGUACAAGCUGCUAAUGCAGUCUGUCUCCGGAAUGGAGUCUAAUUAUGCUACUUCGAAGAUUUGCUCCUAUAAGGACUCGAGUAAAUGCGAUUUGGCUCUGGAACCAGACAUCACGGAGAUAUUCGCGAAGAGUCAAGAUCCCGAGGAGUUGAAACAUUUGUGGGUGGAAUGGCACAAGGCGGCUGGUGCAAAGGCGCGCGCCAACUUUACGCAAUACGUCCAGCUUGACAACGAAGCUGCUAAGUUGAACGACUUUAAAGACGUAGCGGAGUGGUGGCAGUCGGAAUACGAGGUUCCAGACUUUGAGGAGCAGCUUGCGAAGCUCUGGGAGGAUGUAAAGCCUCUGUACCAACAGCUGCACGCUUACGUAAGAAAGCGCUUGCGUGACAAGUAUGGAGACCAGGUCGUCUCAGCAAAGGGUCCUAUUCCUGCUCAUCUUUUAGGUAAUAUGUGGGCCCAAACGUGGAACAAUAUAGAAUCCUUCACUCGUCCCUACCCAGACAAGAAGGAGGUGGAUAUUACCCAGGCGAUGCAAGAACAGAACUACACAGCUUUAAAGAUGUUCCAAAUGUCAGAUGAGUUCUUCCGAUCACUGAACCUGACUGCGAUGCCGGAGAAAUUCUGGAAGAACUCUAUUAUCGAGAAACCCACGGACAGGGAAAUUGUGUGCCAUGCAUCAGCUUGGGACUUUUAUGAUGGGGAAGACUUCAGGAUCAAACAGUGCACGACAGUAGAUUACGAGUAUUUCCAAACAACACACCACGAAAUGGGCCACAUACAAUACUUCCUACAGUACAGGCACCAGCCCGUUAUAUUCCGAGAUGGAGCGAACCCAGGUUUUCACGAGGCCGUGGGUGACACAAUAGCACUUUCAGUUUCAUCACCGAAGCACUUACGCCGAGUCGGUCUUGUUAGCGGUGAUGCCGAAGAUGAGCAAACUGAAAUCAAUCAACUUUAUAAAAUGGGCAUAGAUAAAAUAGUUUUCCUGCCGUUCGCCUACACCCUGGACCUGUUCCGCUACGGCGUGUUCCGCGGGGAGACGCAGCCGGAGGACUACAACUGCCACUACUGGCGGCUGAGGGAGAUGCUCCAGGGGGUCGAGCCGCCGGUUAACCGUACGGAGGAGGACUUCGACGCUGCGGCCAAGUACCACGUUUCAGCCGACGUUGAGUACGCGAGAUACUACGUGUCUUUCAUCAUACAGUUCCAGUUCCACCGCGCCCUUUGCCAACUGGCGGGUGAAUAUGUCCCCGAAGACCUUACCAAGAAGCUGGUGGAUUGCGAUAUAUACCAGAGCGUCGCAGCCGGAAAUGCUUUAUCGAACAUGCUGAAAAUGGGAUCGUCCAAGCCGUGGCCCGACGCGAUGGAGGCGCUGACCGGCCAGCGGGCGAUGAGGGCGGACGGACUGCUGGAGUACUUCCGUCCUCUGCACGAGUGGCUGCAGGCGGAGAACCAGCGAACAGGCGAGCACAUCGGCUGGGAGCCGAGCAGGAUACAGUACUGCACGAGCGAGCAAAGAGCCGCUCUGGACGCGGCGCAGGGGGCGGCGCCGUCAGCCACCGACACG